AUGCAGAGGCUAUGGUCCCGUGCCGCCCGCCCGCAGGCGAACUGCCAUUGCGUCUCAUGCGUGAAUCCCGGUGCCGGUGCAGUUAGUUCAAGGGCUACGACAGCAGCAAGCAAGAGGCGGCUUCGCAUUGGAAACUCGGUCACGGCGCUCUACACGAGUAUUUUUGCGGCCGCGGCGUUGGCCGAUGCUAAGGCCAAAAACCGACGCCGGAAUGAAUGGGAGGAGAAGAUCGCGGCAGUGAGGGAGGAAGUCAAUGUGUUAGCGGAUGAAGAAAAACGCCUUCUUACGGCUAUUGCGUCACGCAGGAGACAGCGGCUUUCCAAUGGGUUUUCACAGACACGACAAUACAGCACCACUCCCGCGUUGUACAGAAGUCGUCGAUUUGACAAAGAGAACAGGAACGGAUUAAGUCCUUCAUUAAACGCAGCGGUCGAAAAACAUCACGAGGCGGAGAACAAUCCCGAGGUUCUCGAGAAGAUCUGUAAUGAAAUGGGUUCUCCAUUUGACGAUGACGAGCAUGGCGAAAGUCCUCUUGCUAUGGAGCUUAAGAAUACAGAUGACUGGGCUUACCCGCACGAUUUUCUUCGCCUGAAGGCUGUACGAAAGCUUGCGCUAAGGCAGCUCUCUCUCCGGCUUCUGCUUCGCCCGGCUCUUGCCCACGGCUAUCUGGGUCAUCAUGUGAAUUACAAACCCGACUACAAAGUUCCUCAAAUGAACGUAACGGAGACCCUGGCGGAAUUAGAAAGGAUUCGACGCAGGAUCCGCGACAUCAAGAGAUCAAAAGAUCAGCCUUUUGAAGAUUUGGUGCAGGGUCUCCGUACACAUUUUGUUCCUCAUCUUUGGAAAGAACAACAUAAACUCGAUGAUGAACUUGAGCGCGAUACCGAGUUAUUUCUUCAAGAAGAAAUGUCUCUACAGGAAUAUCUGCUGAGACUCGCGAGCAAUUUGAUGCAAGGGACUGAUCCAGAUCGACCACGCGCAGUAAGAAUCAUGCUCAUGGCUUUCGCGAAAUCUCGUCAAAAUGAUUUGGGGGAGCUGGUUCUUAGGACGCUUUUGCCUCACAAAUUCCUCUUAACUUCCUCGACUAUCGUGACAGUAUUGUCUUUCUAUCGGAAAACCAAGAAUCUCAAGGAUUUCGAUUUGUUUUUGCAGAUGUUGACGGGGACGGCGGGGUAUCCGAUAGACUUGGGCAACUUGGAAUUUUAUGAGCGUAAGGUGGUUAACGGCAUUGAGAUAGUCACACCUCCCCUCGAUAGCGCCAAUCCUGUCAUCUAUGCAAAUUUGAUAACAGCUGCAUUACGCUUCAACCAACCCGGAAGAGCCGACGCUUGGCACUCAGCCGCGCGGAAAGCCGGAUUCAUGGAUGACUUCAGCACUCUUUUUGCAUAUUUGAGAUUCUAUGGCAUUCAAAAGGAUUGGGAGAAGGGACUGUUUACGCUGAGAAGAGCCCUGGCUUACCUUGUCUCAUCAACUGAUCUCGAAGAACAUCUCGUCGAACGAAUGAUUACAUUGAUGGUGCUUUUAUGCGAUUCAUGUUACCGAAGUGACCUAGCCAAGUGUCUGAUUGAUGCCGCCGUUGCGUCCGGGUUUCCACGUGACCUUCCAAAAAAACAACGAGAUAUCACUUGGCCGGUAGAUCCUCAUUUUCAGCGGUGGCGGGAGGCUGCAGGUCCAUCAGUACCUGAGAUAGAGGAGAAGCCUCAGGGCGAGAAAUGCCAUUCCUUCGCAAGUAUUAUUGGAGAUCAGUUGAUGUACGAGGACUUGAGCACUUCUCAGCGACACAAAAACAUGCUCAGAUGGCAUUCGCAGCAUCUUUUGGCAGCCACUCUCGCCCAGCAGCACAUGAGCCAUGAUGUGGCCUCUGAACAGACCCCGGAAGUUUCAUCUAAGAUUUACGUCGAGCCAGAAUUUUCAAAAUCCUCAUCUAAUGAUUACAUCGAGCUGGCCGAGCUGGCCGAGCCCACGGAAAAUGAAAGGACAGAGACGCAAACCAAGGCACCUACGGCAUCAAACGCACAAAAUGAAGAAGUUUUGGCUUUGAAAGAUGAAGUUUCACAGUUGAGAGAAAUGGUUUUUGAGCUACGAAAAGCCCAAAUAAAACAAGAACAAGCUAACAGGGAAGCACGCGAGGAGGCUGCGUUCGGCUCUUUUCAAUCGCCAAUGGAUGGAAGGAGGCCUUUCCUUGGCCCUCUUCCAGGUCAAACCAAAUCCUUUCACCAUCAGGCUUCGCCCAGCCAUCCAGGGGAAACAGGAACAAGCAGCUCUAUCCCUGUGUCAAAAAAAGGCCAGCGAAGUGCAAGGUCAAAUAGUAAGAAAGCCCAGGAUUCAGAAACCCAUUGGAAGCUCCAAUGGACAAAGUCCUAG